AUGUUGUUGAGAAUACCAGUCAAAAAGCAGCAGGAUGUUUACAUCACCAAGGCGGACAAGGGCAACAAAACAGUGGUGAUUGCUGCCAAGGAGUACAAGGAAAAAAUGCAACAGCUUGUAAAUGACACCACCACAUACAAACGUACCCGCGCGAACCCAACCACCAAAACGCGCGAAGGUCUAAACAAGCUUGUGGAAGAAUGGGGGAACGAAGGACACAUCGAUGAGAAAACGAGAAAGAAAUUGUUUAUCCCAAUGUGCUGCUCAACGCCAAGAAUCUAUGGCCUCCCCAAAAUCCACAAGGUGGGCCGCCCUCUGAGGCCGGUAGUCUCCACAAUCGGUUCGGUCACCUAUGCGAUGGCGAAGUUUUUGACUGGUAUUCUCAACAACAUCGUCGGGAAAACAGAAUAUCACGUCAGAAACAGCUUCGAAUUCGCUGAGGAGAUCGCGAAGUUUCGCGUUCCAGAAGGCUAUGUCAUGUACUCCCUAGAUGUCGUUUCGCUGUACACAAACGUCCCGGUAGACAAGAUCGUGGACGGCGUGCAGGAGAGGUGGAACGAGGUACGGAGGUACACAACCAUCCCGUGGGGCAGUUUUAAGACAGCGCUAGAAAUUGUCCUACGAUCAUCGUUUUUCCAGUACGAACAACAACUGUACACGCAAUGUUUUGGUGUCCCCAUGGGCUCCCCGCUCUCACCAGUGGGUUCGAGCGUAGUACUGGAGAAAUUGGAGAGAGAGGGAAUCGCGAAGCUGAAGGAGAAGAACAUCACUCUCGCACUCUACAAACGGUAUGUUGAUGAUUGCUUGGUGGUGGGGAGAGAGGAGGAGAUAGAUGAGGUAAUGCAGGUGUUCAAUAGUUUUCACAGUAGCUUGAAGUUCACUGUGGAAAAGGAGAACGAAAAGAAAUUGCGUUUUCUGGACCUGACUCUGGAAAGAAGUGGUGAAAAAAUUUCCAAGUCAUGGUUCCCAAAACAAAAAACCGGGCGCUACCUGGACUUCAACUCAGAAAGUCCAUACGCGCACAAAAAGAACACGGUGAUUGCUCUUCUUGACCGCGCGCUAAAGCUCUCGGACGUCGAGCACCGUGAGAAAAGCCUGAGCACUGUGCAUGACAUCCUCCGUGCCAACAACUACCCCACGUGUUUCGUCAAACAGCUGCAGAGAGAACGAGUGGACGCGCUGUACAACUCGCUAGACCACGUGGCGAGAGGAUUGGAGCCAGGAGAGAAGUUUGCGUCUCUCCCAUACAUCCCGCACCUGAGCGAGAAGAUCGGCAAGGUGCUGAGAAAGCAUGGAAUCGUUGCAGCGUUCAAGCCGAUGGACAAGGUGAGGGAGGCCGUUUUUACCAAAUUGAAGGAUAAAAUCCCAAAAAUGCGACAGCAAAACGUGGUGUACAGCGUCCCCUGCGGCGCCUGUGGGAUGGAGUACAUUGGCCAAACAUCACAGUACCUCGAGAAACGGUUGAGCCAACACCAAAGUUCCGUACGACUCAACACGGGAGGGACGGGACUCACCCAACACGCGAUCGAACGCGGCCACCAGUUCGAUUAUGCCAACACGAAGAUUUUAGAAAGAGUGGAGAAAGAGCGAAACAGAAAGGCGGCCGAAAUGGUACACAUCAAGCUGAGAGAAGGGAGCACGGUGAAUCUCCAGAGAGAAUCCACAGCGAUGUCCAACGUCUACACUGGGGUUGUAAACAAACUGCGGGACUUACGGUUUGCAGCCCACACUAACACAAGUGUAGCGUCGUCGAUCGAGGGUGUGGGGUUAAAUCAGACGUAG